UACACCUCCGGACCCACGACAUGUCCUGCUACAACCAGUGCCUGCCCUGCCAGCCCUGCGGCCCGACCCCGCUGGCCAACAGCUGCAAUGAGCCCUGUGUCAGGCAGUGCCAGGACUCCACCGUCGUCAUCCAGCCCUCCCCCGUGGUGGUGACCCUGCCCGGCCCCAUCCUCAGCUCCUUCCCACAGAACACCGCCGUGGGAUCCUCCACCUCCGCUGCCGUUGGCAGCAUCCUCAGCUCUGAGGGAGUGCCCAUCUCCUCCGGGGGCUUUGGCCUCUCCGGCUUUGGCAGCCGCUACUGCGGCAGGAGGUGCCUUCCCUGCUAAAUCUGAU